GCCGGAACCACCUCCCCAGCCGGCAUUGGCGCGAACUUUAGCUCUUGGAAACAGCGGGGUCAAUGAACUCGAAGCUCCAAGACCAUCACGGUUCACGAAGCUUCACCAUUCUGUUUCGCAACAUCAACUAACCCACUAACUUUCCAAGAGGGAAAACACCAUCGCUCACCAAUUGUUCACCAUGAAGUCCUUCCGCGCCGCCAACGCGCUUCUGCGCACCAACCCCGCGGCCUCGAAUGCCAUCUCCCGCAUCGCCGCCCCUCUAGUAACCGUCUCCGGCUCUCCCGUCUGCCAAUGCCUCCUCACCACCUCCCGCACGACUCUUCCCCAGACUCCAUUGACCGUCCGCCCCUUCUCAACAACCCCCACCCGCCCCGGCAAAAAAGACAAGAAAUCCAAGCGCGGCGAAGAAGUUGAAGAGCCGCCCGCCCGUGGAGGAAAGAAAGACAAGAAGGGCAGCAAAUCCUCCUCCUCCUCCAGCAAAGACAAUUCCCCGGCCGAAGAGCAGCCCAACGACCCCAAAGACCCCAACCGCCCCAUCCCCUCCCCCGAAACGCCCUACGACCUCUCCGACCUGACCUACGCCUUCGACCGCGCCGACAAGCACUACCUCGACGCCCUCAAGACUUUUCGGUCUGGCUCGCGCUUCUCCGCCGACUCCAUCGGCUCCCUACCCAUCUUCCCCGACAAGAAAGACACGUCCCUCAGCUACCCCCUGCGGGACCUAGCCACCGUCGCGCAAGUCUCGGGCUCAGGCCGCAAAUGGUCCAUCUUGUGCUUUGACGAGUCGUCUGUGAAACCUAUUAUGAGCGCGGUACAAAAGUCCCCGGACUUUAACCAGCAGCCGCAGCGGAGCGAGGAGAACCCCCUGGAGCUGACCAUCACGGUAGAGCCGGAACGGGCGGAGGAUUUGCAAAAGAGAGUGAAGGAGCUGUGUCAGCUGUGGAGAGAGAAACUGAGGGCGGAGACACACAAGAGAGAGGCGGUGCAUAAGAAGUGGAAGCAGCAGGAGAAGAUAUUGGAUGAUGAUGUCAAGGCACUGAAGACCAAGGUGCAGAAGUUGCAGGAUGAGAGGAUGAGGGGGGUGGCGGUGAGGGAGAAGGAGGUGUGUAAUGCGGUGAUGGCUAGGAAGUGAGGACUUGGGAAGGGAUGAAAGAUUCUUGUGGGUGUGUGUAUUACUAUCAUUGUAUGGUUUCGGGAAUAUUGUCGUGAUGCCGGCUUGUCCUGGUAUGGAGUCGGAAUACCAUUGGGGUUUAUACUGUAGUUGCUUGAGACUAAAAGCUCAGAGCCCGUGUUAGCAAUUGUAUGAGUGAAUGAAAACAACAUUCACCGUGUGGAUUCAAAGGUUAUACUAGAC